UCAGUCGUCACAGGAAGAUUCGUUACACUUUCAACUGCUGAGGUCUUGUGUUAGUAAUCUAUUGCACAGAGAGAAAGUAAAAUAUUUUGGUGCUAAAGUAGAGGUGUUAAACGUCAAGUAAGUGAAGUUAAUUUGACCAGAUGACCACUGUGACGUCAUUGUUGCUGAUGCUGGUGGCUUAUGUCGCUGUGACGUACGCAGCAAAAGAUUAUGGCGUCGCCUUGUCCAAGUCGAUUCUGUUUUACGACGCCCAAAGGUCAGGUAAACUCCCCGCCAACAACCCCAUCCCGUGGAGGGGAGACUCCGCCCUCAACGACUGUGUGGUGGGGGGCUGGUACGACGCUGGGGACUACAUCAAGUUUGGGCUGCCCCUCUCCUACACGACCACGGCCCUGCUGUGGUCUCUGGUGAGAUUCAAAGAUGGCUACCAGAGGGCGGGUCAGCUUGAUGAGAUGUACGACAUGAUCAAGUGGCCCCUGGACUACUUCCUCAAGGCCUGGGACCCGGGACAGAAACAUCUGACGGUGCAGGUGGGGGACGGGAGGGAUCAUGACUACUGGGGGCGGGCGGAGGAUAUGACCAUGCCUAGACCCUGUCAGGUCGUCAGUGCUUCGCACAAGGGCAGCGACAUAGCUGGCGGCACGGCUGCGGCUCUUGCAGCUGGUGCUAUAGCUUUCAAGGACAAAGGUGACACAGCUUACAGCAACCAGCUUCUUACGGCGGCUCAAAGCUUGUACGCUUUUGCUAAAGCUAACAGGGGUUUGUUCAAAGGUGCGGCCGAGUUCUACGACACCAGCGGAGACUAUGACGAGAUGUGCGAGGCCAGCAUCUGGCUGUACAAGGCCACAGGCAGCAGUCAGUACUUGGCAGACGCCAAGUCCUUCGCGGAUACCGAGACAGCCUGGGCGUACAGCUGGGACGAUAAACAAAUCGCCUGCCAACAGCUGUUGUACGAGGAGACGAGAGACAAUCAGUACAAAAAUGCUGUCGUCGCUUACUUCCAUGACUGGAUGCCCGGGGGUGGGGUCCAUUACACCCCGUGUGGUCUGGCCUGGAGGGACAAGUGGGGGGCAAGCAGCUAUGCCGGAAACUCAGCAUUUAUCGCCCUUGUUGCGGCCGAGUCUGGAAUCGAUACCACCCGGUACCGGAAGUGGGCGGUGGAGCAGAUCAACUACCUCCUCGGCGACAACCACCACAACGGCGGCUGCUACAGUUUUGAAGUUGGCUACGGCAGCAAAUACCCCCUGCACCCUCACCACGCUGGGGCAUCGUGCCCCGACAAACCGGCGCCCUGCGGCUGGGCGCAGUAUGAGAGCACCGCCCCCAACCCCCAUGUCUUACACGGCGCCCUGGUGGGGGGACCUGAUCAAAACGACAACUACCACGACGUCAGGUCAGACUAUGUCCAGAACGAGGUGACCACGGACUACAACUCUGGAUUCCAAGGGGCACUAGCAGGCAUCUUGCACUUGCAGGCGACAGGGCAUAUGCCCACCACAGCCAACAAGUGCCCUUGUACCGCUUAAAUGGCAUUUAAUUAAAAUUAUACCACACCUCGCUUAAUAAAUUAUGAAUAAAUAUA